GAUCAAUGGGCGUGAGUAAAGGGCACUGCUGAAAGUUUCCCGUUAAAAUGGUCACAACGUCGCAUGGAACCUGACUUAAACACAGUUUUACAGUGAAAAUGAGGGGUAACAACUCAUGCCAGACCUGUGUCAGCCUAGACAAGUCAGCGAAACUUCUGGAUAUCUAGUUAACAUAAUACACCAUUUUGACACAAUCUCAGUACAAGAGUGCUGGGUCCGAAUGCAAUGGAUCCAGAAUGGCUUCUCUUGAUCCUAAUAGGCAACAUGUCAAUUUCUUUUGCACUUGAAGCUCAUAUAGUCACAAGCAUGCUUUGAAGCACAUGUGCUGUCGCCUUACUUCCUGUUAGCAGUCUGCUGAGCCCUAUUAUGUGUUGAACUGAGACGUCACGACCAUAAUAUUCUCGCAUGUUUGAUGUUUGCUAGGUCCUCCAUAUCCCCCUUCCAAACCUGAGUGUCACAUUCCAUGUGAUGAAAUCUGCGGGGUUGAUAUUCACUGUAAUUGGAAUCACAGAUUUGAUCCCCGGGUCUCCACAAACUACAGUCUACACUGGGAAACAGCACACAAUGUAGUGGACCAUGUGAAUACAGGGACCAGUUUAAGUGGGCUAAUCGGCCGUGAACACUUUUCCAUGUAUAGUGAACUUCCUGUUUGGGUCCAGGCUGAGAGCAAAUAUGGUUCUGCCAAAUCCCAAGUAGUUGUCUUCAACACAGGCAACCUUGUGAAACCAUCUCCUCCUAUAUUUACACGAAGCCAACAAGAUCCUUUGGAAAUAUCCUGGAAGUCUAUCUGUAAUCUUCAAUCGCAUCUUUCUUUGGGUUCUUGUGACGUGAGAUUUCGGAAUGAAGUAGAACAAUUCUGGCGUGAGGAGGAAAUUGGAGGACAAGUCAACUAUGAAUUCAGUGGUCCUGUCCGGCCUGGUUUAGUCUAUGAAUUUCAAGUCCGCUGUUCCUGUGCAACAGGCUUGAAAAGUAACUGGAGCGCAACCCACAAAAUAAUGAGUUUUGAGACAGCUCCUACUGGACAGAUAGAUGUAUGGAAGGAUUGUGGUGUGUCUGCCACUAAUAAUGAUUGUGUUAUGACAUGGAAGAAGAUUCCAAUUUCUCAAGCUCACGGCCAAAUUUUGGGAUAUGAAGUUAAGCUGUCCUCCAACCACAACAUGACGGAAUUAGUGAAUAUUUCCAUCGCUGAGCCAAGGGGCUUGUUGGUCUGUGAUGAGCACCAAUGCUACCUCAACUCUUCUUUAAAGAGUGUGUCAUCAGCAAGUGUGUUAGCCUACAAUGCCCAUGGGGCUACAAUGCACUCCUACCUUGCAAUUCCAGAGCCAGGUAAAGCUAGAGGUGAGGACUUUAUUAAUGUCACGAUGAAUACAGAGAACCUCACAAUCUCUUGGGAUCCUUCCUUUUGGCUCCCUGACGCCAAAUCAAUCGACGAAUAUGUGGUCCAAUACAAACAAGCAGGGUGUCAUUUGGGGAAAGGAUUUGACUGGAUCAGAGUGAAUAAAAGCUGUACUUCAGUUACAUUUACAGGUCAGUUUGAAAAGUACAGGCCCUACCAAGUGUCUCUAUUUACUGUAAGAGCCAAUCAACAAAGCCAUCAUAUUUCAUCUGUUAUUGGAUAUUCUAGUCACGGAAUUCCAGCCAAAGUGCCAUUAUUUAAAGUAAAUUCUAUUGCUGCAACACAUGCAACCCUACUAUGGGAGCCUGUACCGCUGGACAUGCAGAACGGGCUGAUCCUCUACUACAAAAUAGGAAUACAUGGAAAGACUCAUGGAAAAACAGUGUACAAUGUGAGCGCUUCCCCUCAGGAUGGAAAUAAAACACUUGAGCUGCUAAACCUCAGUGCAAAUCAGGAGUACGAAGUUUGGAUCCAGGCUGUGACUGCAGCUGGACCAGGAGCCAAUGUCACCACCAGUUUCAUCACAACGCAACCAGAGCACCUUGAGCUCAAAUCAAAAUCACAUUUACUAGCGUUCCUGCUCCUACCUGCUAUAAUAUGCUGUCUUUUGAUUUUAUUCAGUUUUCAUAAAGGAGCAGACAAGGCAUGUCUGUGUAUAAAUGAGAAGGUUCCAGAUCCUUACAAUAGCACCAUCUUCAAAAUGACUAAGUAUCGGAUGAAUGAUACCAUACCUUGGAUCUGGAUCCCAAUCAAUGAACCACCUCCCACCAUGUCCAUUUUAGAAGUAGUGGAAAUACAAUGCCCUGUAUGUGAACAGGACUGUCUCUCUGAAGACCAAACAAGACCAGCAGCGCCCUCAAAGAGAUGCACUUGUAGGACAAAUAGAUAUAGUGGAGACGAAUACAGAGAAAUGGUUGACUCUGAGGAGGAAAAGAGUGCGGGUGGUGGUGCGGGCAGGGAUGAUUGUUGGAGUUCAUCAGAAGAAGAACAAGACAUGUCAGGAUACGAACAGCAUUUUAUGCCAACUGCUGUGGACAUACUGAAUGCUUGAUACAGUGUAAUUACAAAACAAUAUACUGUAUCAUACAGUCAUUUCUGAAUUACAUUAACAUUCUAUGCUCAUCGACAUUGUAGUAGCAAUAACUAUACUGAGUAAAGAAUUAUUUAUUAUUCAGAACAUUUCAAAUACACUAUUGUAUUUUAAUGACCGGAAGUGUUCCAAUAUUUCACCAUUACUAUCAUCGGAUUCAGUGUUCACUGUUUUCUAUUCCAGGGGUUCCCAACCUAUUCCACUAAGGCACACUGUGGGUGCAGGAUUUCAUUCUUACCAAACAAGAUGACAACACUUUUUCCCCAAUCUGGUGUUUUACAAGUGCAAUCAGUUGAUUGCAGUCAGGUGUGGCUUGUUUUAGCAGAAGCCUCAUUGGUUCAACUGUCUCUGCUGGAUCGGCUGGAACAAAAACCAGGACCCACAGUGUGCCUUGAGGACUGGGUUGAAAACCCCUGUUCUAUUCAACCCACUGGUAUUUUAGACAAAUGCGUCUUUUUAUACUCAAAAAAAAAAAAACAGGUCACUUUU